CACACAUCCACUUACUUCACUCCUUCGACGCAACACUUCACAUGGAGGUCCAGAGUGUCAUUGUCAAGCCGGAAACAGAGAAAGGGUCGUACAGGUCUUUGUCCCGAUCACCGAGUAGAUCUCCACCACCCAAGCGCAGGAACAGAUCGCGAACUACAUCUCGUACACCAUCCGGUUCUCGUUCUCGUUCUCGCUCUCCCUCUCCAAGGCGGUCUACCAAACGGAGGGCAUACUCGCCCGACAGCUCGCCACCACGCAGGAGUCGCAGGGACUACUCCAGGGAUCGGUCUAAGGAUCGUUCUAGGAAUUAUUCAGCUGGGCGAAACCCCAGGCGUGAACCCUCGCCACCAAGGCCCUUGAUUGAUUUUGACCAUGUCCGCCGCCAGGAGCGCGAAAGACAAAUGCAGAAGAGGGAACCAGCGGUGCCAAGGCCGCGACAGGAUCCAGAUACCGAGAUGAAGACACUGAUGAGCACAACUCGCACAGGAGGUGCUUAUAUCCCACCUGCACGUCUUCGUAUGAUGCAAGAGCAAAUUACAGACAAGAGCUCAAAGGAAUACCAGAGGAUAUCGUGGGAGGCACUCAAGAAGAGUAUCAACGGUCUCAUCAACAAGGUGACCGCUGCCAACAUCAAAGCAAUUCUGCCGGAGCUGUUUGGGGAGAAUUUAAUCCGUGGACGGGGCUUGUUCUGCAGAUCGAUCAUGAAGGCCCAAGCAGCAUCCAUGCCAUUUACACCUGUGUAUGCUGCGGUUGUCGCAGUAAUCAAUACCAAGCUUCCCCAGAUCGGAGAACUUUUGAUCGCCCGUCUCAUCAUUCAGUUCAGAAAAUCAUACAAGCGAAACGACAAGGCAACCUGUCUCGCCACCACGACAUUCAUCGCCCACUUGACAAACCAAUGGGUAGCCCACGAAGUUUUGUCCCUCGAAAUUCUCCUUUUGCUUCUAGAACAGGUAACAGAAGACUCGAUCGAGAUUGCAGUCGGACUCAUGAAGGAAGUUGGAUCGUUUCUUUCCCAGGAGGCUUCGGAUGCGAACGAAGGUGUCUUUGAACGACUUCGUAACAUCCUGCAUGAGGGAAAGAUUGAGAAGCGCACGCAGUAUAUGAUUGAGGUCUUGUUUCAGAUUCGAAAGGACAAAUACAAGGAAAAUCCACCGAUUGCACCCGAGCUGGAUUUGGUCGACGAGGAUGAACAGAUUACACACACACUCCAGCUGGACAAGGAAGAUCUAGAUGCGCAGGAAGGACUGAACGUAUUCAAGUACGACCCAGAUUAUGUGGCCAACGAAGAGAAAUACAGCGAGAUUAAGGCAGAGAUUCUCGGAGAGGACGACUCGGAUGAAUCGGGGUCGGAGGAAUCUGACGAGGAGUCCGAUGAAGGGGAAAGUCGCGAGGCAUUGCAGAGGAAAAUGGAGAUCCAGGACCAUACAAACACCAAUCUCGUCAACCUUCGCAAGACUAUCUACUUGACAAUUAAGAGCUCUCUUAAUUUCGAGGAGUGCGUUCACAAGCUGCUGAUGAUCAGCAUGGAGCCAGGACAACAGAUUGAGUUGUGUAACAUGUUGAUCGAGUGUUGUUCGCAGGAACGAACCUACGAAAAGUUCUUUGGUCUGGUGGGCGAGCGAUUUUCAAAGAUCAAUCGGGAUUGGGCAGAGGCGUUCCAGGAGUGCUUUGUUACGAAUUACGAGACAAUUCAUCGUUUAGAAACGAACCCUCUUCGCAACGUGGCAAAGUAUUUCGGUCACCUUAUGUCGACAGAUGGACUAUCAUGGAGUGUGCUGAGCGCGAUUCAUUUGAAUGAGGAAGAGACUACCAGUAGUUCUCGUAUCUUUAUCAAGAUCCUGUUCCAGGACCUUGUGGAGUCUCUCGGUCUGAAGAAACUGGACGAGCGCGUUAAGGAUCCCCGGUAUGCGGAAUGGUUCGCAGGGCUCUUCCCCAAGGACAAUCCCAAGAAUACCCGUUUUGCGAUCAACUUCUUCACGUCAAUCGGUCUCGGAGCCCUCACAACAGACCUCAGAGAGCACUUGAAGAGCGCUCCAAAGGCAAUCAUGGCACAGCAGCAGGAUAGCUCGGAGUCCGAUACAGAUUCAGACUCGGAUUCGGACUCGGAUUCAGACUCGGGCAGCUCCAGUUCUGAGAGCUCGUCUGAUUCAGACACGGAUAUGUCGUCUUCGGGAUCAGAAUCAGACAGGCGUCGUCCAUCCAGGUCCAACAGGCGUCGCUCGCCCAGCCCCGAUAGACGCCGAUCCUCUAGAUCGAGUCGCCGCUAACAUGGCCACUUGUAUCACUCAGUUCUUAAUAAAUAAUGAAAAGCAGAGCAGUUGAGCAGAGUGAAAAAACGCCCAGCGACAGAUAUCGUUUUCCAGAGAUCCCAGGGCCCCUUCAGAUAAAGAAAGGCGUAAGAGACGCAUAAAAACGAAAAGAG